UCUCCCCUCUUUUAUCAUAAAGUCAACACCCGUAUUCCCCACCGUCUACCUGUCCCCCUUUUUUCUCCAACAUUUCCCCAGAAUCACCGACGCAUAUAUAGCCAAAAAAAGAAAUUCCACCAACCAAAACCCAUAAAACCCAUUCCUCCCCCCCUUUCUCUCUCCUCCGCCAACCUUACCGAUCACCGGGAAAUGGAUUCUCCGGGAGCGGUUAGGUUUACUCUCGGCCGUCAAUCUUCUUACGCCGCUCUCGAUAAGCUCGCCGGCGCUGGCGACGACGAAGACAACAUCGCACAUGAUGUUGAUAUUCAUUUGACCCGUCGAUUGCCGUUUAUUGAGCUUACCGACGGAUCAUCCGACGGUGCUGCGGAUCCCGAGGAGGAAAACGGUGGCGAUGACGGCGGUGAUGAGAUUGACAUUCCCGCGAGCGUGAAGUUGAUGUUUGCGGCGCAUGGGGGAGAUUUGGACGGGAUUAAGGAGCUGGUAGAGGAGUCUGGUGCUGAUGUGAAUUACAGAGAUAUGGAUAAUCGUACGCCAUUGCAUGUUGCUGCUUGUCAGGGCUAUGUGGAGGUUGUUAAUUUGCUAAUGAGCAUGAAGGCUGAGGUUGAUCCUAAAGAUCGCUGGGGUAGUACGCCACUUGCAGAUGCCAUAUUUUACAAGAACCAUGAGGUGGUGAAAGUUCUAGAAGACCAUGGUGCAAAACCUCCGGUAUGUCAUAUGGCUCCUAUGCAUGUAAAAAAUGCCCGUGAUGUUCCAGAAUAUGAGAUCGUUCCUCAGGAAAUUGAUUUUAGCAACAGUGUAAAUAUCAACAAGGGAACCUUUCUUAGAGCAUCAUGGAGAGGGAUAGAAGUUGCAGUUAAAAAGCUUGGGGAUGAAGUAUUUACUGAUGAAGAAAAGUUACGAGCUUUCAGGGACGAGCUUUCUUUACUUCAGAGAAUCCGACACCCAAACGUAGUUCAGUUCUUAGGUGCGGUGACUCAACACACACCAAUGAUGAUUGUUACCGAGUUCUUACCCAAGGGAGACCUUUGUGAGUUCUUGCAUAGCAAAGGAGCACUAAAACCAAAAACAGUUGUGAGAUACGCACUUGACAUUGCAAGGGGAAUGAGCUAUUUGCAUGAGAUUAAACCUCUUCCAGUAAUCCACUGUGACCUCGAACCUUCCAACAUAUUGCGCGAUGGUUCUGGACACCUUAAAGUUGCCGAUUUUGGAGUUAGCAAGAUGCUGAAAGUCUCUAAGAGAAUUGAAAGAGACCGGCCUGUAUCUAAUGAAGAAACUUCAUGCCGGUAUAUGGCACCUGAGCUUUUCCAAAAUGAAGAUUACGACACCAAAGUUGAUGUAUUUUCAUUCGCUUUGAUUCUUCAAGAGAUGAUUGAAGGCUGUCCACCAUUUGCUUCAAAGGAGGACAAAGAUGCUCAAAAGGCAUAUGGUGAAAAUGAGCGUCCACCUUUUAAAGCUUCCGGAAAAUCGUAUCCUCACCGACUGAGGGAGUUAAUUGAAGAGUGCUGGAGUAAAGAUCCAACAAAAAGGCCAACCUUCAGAGAUAUAAUUAUGAGGCUUGAUCAUAUAUCCAAUAAUCUUGGUCGCAGGAAGCAUUGGAUAAAGGUUAGGCCGCUCAAAUGUUUUCAAAGAAAUGAAUCCAGCCUUGGCAGUUCAUCUUAUGCUACGUGACUGCACAAUAUUCUUUCCGACAAUUGCAGUAACAACCAGGUGAACAUUAUUGUCCAUUAAUGGAUAGGGGAAAUAGUUGAAAGUUCCAGCAACCAGUUAACAGAUUUCUCCUGAAGCCAAUCUAAGAAAGAACCAGUUGGAGUAAAAACAAUCCAAUUACUGAAAAUUGUCGGGACUUUCCCUGUAACAGUAACUGUUAAUCCGUGUAUUGUGUAAAAUAUGAUUGAUAGUUUCCUCAUAUAAAUAUAUUUAUCAUUAUUGCAAGACUAUGCGCGUCUAAUUGUGAGAUUUAUCAUUAUUGCAAGACUAUGCGCGUCUAAUUGUGUAGAAUCAAUGUUUAGUCUUGUUGCUAAAGUAACAUGGUUUUGUGGUUGGC